AUGGCUAUAUCAACAAUCUCGGAUAAACUUCAUAGUUUAAGUUUUGACUCAUUGGAAGAAACUACUCAAAAUACAAAUUGGUACCCGUUAGUGAAACUGUUGACAUACGAACAGUUAGAGUCGCUGAAAACCAUUUUUAAAAAUACUAUAAAAGAUAAUGAAGAAAUUGGUCUUGAAAAGGAAGCAUUCUCUGAUGCUAUAAUCGAUAUCACCGGUAAUUCGGAACAUUGUUUAGAGGCAAGAGCUUUGUUUGAAGAAAUUGCACAAUUUAAGCAAUUGAUUACAUGGAAUAACCUUUUGGAUUUUUUAUUGGAAAAUAUUACUAUAAAGAGUAACUUUCCUGUUUAUUUAUAUGUUGAGUCAGUUGAAUCAUAUCCGACUCAAGUAGGUAAGCAAGAGGCGAUAGCAAAAAUAGUUUUGAUUGAAACUGAAAAAUACUUUUGUUAUGCUGUUGUGUCAAAAUACGGAAGGGUUACAAUCUACGAUGGAGAUCUUAAUUUUUUGACCCAUUAUCAUGUCCUUAUGACACGAGAAGAUUUGGAAAAGAGUGACGAAGAGAGAAGAAGGAAAAAUCGUUGGGUUACUGACGCUAUAUUCUGCUUAGACAUUCAAAUGUUUUUCAUUGCGAAUUCUACAAGAAGUAUUUCAAUUUACGAAGCAUCAGGAUUGAAGCAUGUACCUUAUUGGUUGAUAAUUGGAGUUCAUGAUAUAAUUGAGUGCUUUACUUAUAAAGGGCUCCAUCAAACAAAAGCUGAUGAAAAAUCAAGAAGUAAAUUAUUUGCGGGUACUAGUAAAGGACACGUGAUUGUUUUUAAAUUUCUUCAGCCUGAAACAACAAUUUUGAGAAGAAAGCACUCGGAUAAAUUAACUAUAUUCUAUUGGGAUGAACUGAAAUACGAGAAUCAAUAUUUGAAAAUUCAAUUUCUCGAUCAAACCCAUGCUUGUAAUAUCGAACAAAUUGAGUAUUCAGAAAAAGAAGAUGCGAUUAUAUCGUGUAGUAAAAAUCCAGCUGUUGCAUUAGUCAAACAGUGUAUUUCAAUAAAGAAGUCACCGUACAUCUUAAAAAUGAAGAAGGGAUGUACUUGUUUUACCUUCAGUAACGUUCAUAACAUAAUAAUAACUGGAAGCAAUGAUAGAAUCAUCCGUGUUUGGAACUCAGUUUUGAUUUCUCAUACAAUCGCAGUUUUCUAUGGUCAUCAAGAAAAGAUUGUUGAUUUGGUCAUCAUGGAAAACCAAGACACUUUGUUAUCUUUGUCAGAAGAUGGAAUACUGAAACUAUGGGAAAUCAAUGAAAGUAAAUGUUUGCAAACACUAAGCAUAAACUAUCCUUCUCUUGGAUUCCUUGAAAAAUGUAUAGAAUUUGGUCGAAGAAGUAUGUAUCCAGGAUCGAAGAGACAUACUAAUUAUUCCCUUGUCAAAGAUGAUGAUAAUUCAUAUAAAAAGUUUUUUGGAAUUUCCCAAGUAGAAAAAAGACCGGCGCAAGGUGUAGGUAUGAAAAGCAAAACUUUGAACAAGUGGGAAAGAUCCAACCUAUUAGUAACGUGUUAUAACUAUAUAGCAAGGAUAAAAAUAACUUUCGAAAAUAUAGAUAUUGAAAAAUCAAAUGAAAUGCCCAUACUGUCUCCACCUCCAUUACAAAAUAGUGUCUUGAUACCGGCCAGUUGGGAAAUAUCAAUGAAGGAAGGAUUUAACGGAAAUGAAAUACUUAAUGGUAAAUAUAAAGGAGUUCCAGAAAAAUUAAAUUUCAUCAUUAAUAAAGAUCUGUUUGAUAUAGAAGGUUCUAAAAGUGAUAUUAACUAUAAAAUUGCCAUUUUAGAAGCCAAAAAGAUGAAAAUGAAAUCGCAUGUCGAAAAUGGGGCUCCAUAUUUAGCUUUGGAUAUAGCUGAAUUUGAAGAGCUGAAAUUAUCAGAUAACAUAAAACUUCCUGAAAAUAAAGAAGCACUACAAACUAUUAAUAACAUUAAAAAACGAUUGGAAGAUAUUUGUAUGAGAGAUAGAGCAUUUUCUGAACCGUCAUCAGGAAGAUCAAAGAUAUCGUCUAGAAGUAGCGUUAUUUCUAUUACGUAAAUAGUUAUAUAGGCCCAAUUAUUUUUAAAUCAUCAAAAUAAUUAAGAAAGUAAAGCAUUUAUUCAACAGGUUAAGUAUUACAGUUUGAAUAACAAUUUCUUUUAUAAAAAUGCCUGCCGGCAUUACAUCGAAAAUUUUAAUGGAGUAAUUUAAAUAAAAAUUUUACAUCACAACUAUAAGGUUUUAACACAGACUUUUUCGAAUAAUUUUAAAUUUUAGGUUAUAUAGACAUCGUAUAAAUUGUUACAAUUCAAUAUUGCAGAUUAAAUCUUACUAUUACCCAACUUUAGCAGUAAUAAAAUCGAUAAUACUGUGUUUUUAAACACAUACUGAAUAUAUUUUAAAUAAAAAUUUAUUUAUAUACUUAUUGUAUUGUCAGUUUCAAAUACUAGCACUUAGAUUUUGAAAGAAAUCAAAUAAAGUACUAUAAGCUGCUUAUUAAUGAGUGAGAUAUCAUUAUUAUGAUGAAAAAGGAAAGUUCAACUACAAAGAAUAUCGAUUUUAUUAUAUUAAAUGUUGAUAAGUUCGACUUUUUAGUUUUUGUAACAAUGAGUACGAUGCCUGUUUAUAAACUUUACUUAUAACUAAUUGCCAAAUAAUUGGCCAAUUUAAAUAAAACCUCUGAUCAUUUAUCGAUUUCUAGUAAUUCUAUAACUAGAAAAUGAAUAAGUAAAUAUUGUUUGUAUCAUGUCUAUUUUUUAUACCUGGUCAAAUUAAACGUAAAAAAAAUUGUUUUAUAUGGUGAUUGUUAAUACUAAUAAUAAUAGACAUAUAAUUUAUCUGGGAGUAUAAUGGGGUAAUAAAUGAAAGUAAUUUAUUAAAUAAUUUGUACCUAAGUAUUUAAUGAAAUACAAAGGCGUUUUUGUCAAGUAAAUUUUUUUCAAUUUGAAAUUGUUUGUCUUAGAAAUAGAAAAAAUGAAAAUUUAACAUAAAUAAACCCAAAUUAAUAAUUGUAUAAUAAUAAAAAAAAAAUAAUAGUUUUAAAAGUAUACAAGUGACAUAUUUACUACAAAAAAAAACGAAAGGGUAGUCUAAGAAAUAGACCAUAUAAAGACAGAUUAUAUUGGAAGAAAUGGGCGCAACAGGAAUCCUUAUACGACAUCUGGAAAGGUGAAAGGAAAAAAUAUUUGAAAUGUGGUCUUAAACUUUGACAAGUAAGGCAGGGAAUAAAGAAAAAUAUGGGACGACUUAGAAUAGAAUUAAAGUUUGACUGAUUCACACAACUAUAAAAUUAAUGCUACAUUUCUAAAAGAAACACUUAGUUUUCAUUUGACCAGUGCUAAAAAUAUAAGUUUGUUUUAUACUACCAUAUUAUGGAAUAACAAUGGAAACAUUUUAUUUUAAUAACUAAGCCAUAAAUCAAGGGGUAUACCAGAUUAUGAAAACAAUGUGGAAAAAAUAGGAUUUUACAUCUGAAUUAUAUAAUUUAUACUUGCUAAUUGUAAGACAGAAGAAUAUUCAUUUGUCACAAUGAAAAUAUUUGAUGGAGAUCUGUAGUCCGUCAGGUCCAAUAAAACGAAAAAGUACAAAAGAUUAUUAUUAUUCCACGGAAAAUCAGCAAAGCUGCACUUUUAGUUAUUGUUAAGCUGACUUGAAUUACCAGAUUCGGUUAAUGUGUAAAUCUGGACAAAUUUUGAAUAUAUAGAAAAAUA